CAUCCGCUGCCAAAUGAUCUCGUCAAGUGCUCAACCGCCAGCAAAAAGCAACGAGAACUGAGCAGCAGUAAGCAAAAAGACCCUGCCGGCCCCGUCUGCCCAUCAGCUGGGCGCCUCCAGACGCAGCGCGGUACCUCUGCGGCCGCCGUCAUCUGGCCUGCAGCCGAAGUAUCUCGCCGUCGUUCCACCAGCGAGCAGCAGCCAACUAGUCGACUAGUUACAACGACGACGCCGCCAGCGAAGCCCCAAGACGAAGACGCAAACGGCCGUCGAGCAGCAGGCAGAGAGACCGCAGUCGAGGGCGAUGAAGCACCUCGCCGCCGCCGUCCGCCCCGAGCCUUGUCUUCUUCUCCUUCUCCUCUGCUGCCUCCCUCCGCCAGCGAUCCGCCCUCCGCCCUCCCGCCGGUGACAGCCAGACGCUGCCCUUUGCCAGCCAGCCAGUCCGUCGAAUCGCCUGCCGCUGGCCUCCCGAGCCCGUCUACCGUCGAAUCGCGCCUGUCCGGUGGCUACCCGACGCCUGAGGGACCAAGAGAAGAGAAGCGCCCGCUCCGUCCGACGGCCAACGCAUCUUCGAGGUUGGGUCGACCCAGCAGGCACCGCAGCCGGAACGCUGCAGCCAAACGAGCCACCGCAAAUUCGCACCUGGGAAUCGCUCUCUUGCACAUCCUCGCCCAGGGCCAGACGAGAGACGGCCUGCUGCCUUCGUUCUUACGCUCGCUUUUACCGCAGCAGAAAGAAAGAAAGGGAAAGGGUUAA